AGGUGACUGUAGGACAGGUGAGUCAUCACAGCAUCGAGCUCAUCUGGACUCGAGAACACGGCACGAACUGGACCGACCCUCCGGAAAACUGGACCUGUUUCAUCCUGGAGCAGAAGAAGGACAGAAAACACACAUAUAAACAGAUACAUAAGGGGUACAACACACGGUUCACGGUGGAGAAUCUGGAACCGAAGACCACCUACACAUUCAGACUGAAGGUCACGUGGCCGUCCGGUCAGCUGCGUUAUUACCCAUCAGUCACUGCUUCUACAGAAAAGGAGCCUCUGAAUGGGAGGAAUCUUCACAACGCCGUCCUCAAGAGUGAUGAGCUGGAGCUCUGUCGAGUGUUGCAGUCGAUAAAAGUCUCAGUGGAUGUUCCUGACAAGCUGGACUUUACUCCUUUAAUGAUGGCAGCCAUGAAGGGCUUUACUAGAGGAGUUCAGCUUUUGGUGAAUCAUGGUGCAGAUGUGAACAGAAAAAACAGCAGUGGUAAAGACAGCCUGAUGCUGGCGUGUUUCCACGGGCACCUGGACGUGGUGAAGUUCCUGCGCAGCUGCGGGGCGUCCUGGAGCUCUCAGGACCGAUCGGGUUGCUGCGCUCUGCACUGGGCCGCAGCUGGAGGACACCUGCCCCUCCUGCAGUACCUCAUACAGGACGGAUGUGAGGUCGAUGUGCGGGACGGCGCCUCCUGGACGCCCCUCAUGAUCGUCUCGGUCAUAACCGGAGACACGGCUGCAGCUUCACUGUUAAUCACAGCUGGAGCUGAUGUUAAUUUACAGGACAGAAACGGGAAAACACCGCUGAUGGUGGCUGUGCUGAAUAAUUAUGAGCGUCUAGUUAAAGUCCUGCUGGAGAAUGGAGCCGACCCAAACAUUCAGAACCAGGCUGGAGUUAGCGCUGUGCAGAUGGCACACGCAUUUGAAAGAAAGAAUAUCAUCAGUCUGCUUGUGAAUGAGAAGUGAGAGACGUCGGACUUAAUGACACAAACCACACAUCAGUUUCAUAAACAACUUUACUUUCGCUAUUUUGCAGACAUCAACGUAUUUCACAUUUCUUGAUUUAUCAAAGAUUUAUCAUAAAAAAGCAGUUUACACCCGUGACACUGAAGAAAAUACGAAAAGAACGUUACAUGAGCAGAUUUACUGAGUGAGGAUACAACGUGAUUGAAAGUGUAUAAUAAUAAAUGAUAACUGAGAUUAAAACAAGCAAGGCAGGUAACCUAGAGACACGUGAUCAUCGUAUAAUCAAGUCAGCGUCUAGAUCUGAACAGUCUCUGCGUACUGUAAUGCACUGUGUGGUUUAACACUGUAAAAAGGCAACGGGACACAGUGAAUGAAGAUGAAUUUACAAUGUAAACACUGAGAUAUAAUGGCACUCAUAAGGUGUCAGAAUUCAGGUCUAAAAGACCCACGUUUGAGAUCACAAAUGGCUCAGUGGCAACAGAUAACAACGUAAGAAGACUCAGUCUUGAAUAAAACAAGGGCUGUUUGUUAGUCUCAGUGCCAAACAUCAACCUGCAAAUGGAGAGUUAAAUAAAUACUGUGCAUUAUUUCGUAUUAAAAUACACUAUAUCAGAAACUUUGGGUAACUUUCAGUAUUUUGAUUCUUGAG